GCGCUUGCAGUUGCAACAGUUUCCUUAGAGGCUGUGGCAUGUUCAGUGAGCUGCAGGGGCACUCUGACACAUUCAGAUACUACCUGGAGAAGCAGGAAUUCCAGCAGUCUGUAACGAACAGAUGUAGGUUACUAGCUUAGAGGUAUAACAGCAUAGCUCAGGCUGGCUGAAAAACAGUACUCAUGCUGCUAUGUAAACCAAACAAGAUACUAGUAUCAAGAUGGCCGACCUGGAAGUCUACUUGUAGCUCAUAAUACUUAUGCAAAUGAUCUGCACGUCAGUGGCUUACUCAGAGGAGGAAGCUCAUUUUGCACGUGCCAUCCUCUCACCAGUUCUUUCUGAAUUUUUUUUAAGGACUAAGAUGGAUAGCUCAGAGGAACCUCAGAAAAAAGUCUUUAAAGCACGAAAAACAAUGAGAGUAAGUGAUCGACAACAACUUGAAGCUGUCUAUAAGGUUAAAGAGGAGCUGUUGAAGACAGCUGAAGUGAAACUGUUAAAUGGUAAACAUGAGAAUGGAGAUUCUGAUAUAAAUUCCAUUUUGAGCAAUACAGACUGUACACAAGGUAAGAAAGAAAUCAAUGGCAUGGUUGACUCGUGUGUUAACUCUGAAGAAGGAAGAACGGCUUGUGAUGAAAUUAGUGAGACCAAAAGCCCUGAAAGUAGGGCGGGAAACAUAGUCAAUGACAUAGAAUCCAAAUCACUAAUGCUGAAUGUUACUGAGAAUGUUACUCCCGAGCAAGCUAAAGAUACUGACAUUGCACUAAAAUGUGAGGCUGAAAAUGGAGUUGGUAGCAGUAAAGAUAACUUCCAUGAAGAAAAUAAUAGAAAAGGUCAUUUGGACCAGAGAAAGAAUGAUAUCCCAUUGGAAGGUGAAAGUAAAUCAGUCUGUGAUAUUAGUGACUCCUCUGAAGAGAAGGAAGAAACAAAUGAUUUACCUGUUAAUUCCAGUUCAUCUGGUGAGGGAAAGAGGGUUGAAGAAGUAACUGUUGAAGAGGUUGUUGGAGAAGCAGCUAUCUCUAGCAGUAUGGAAACUGACCAGGAAGAACAAGAAGGCAGUGCAGGACUUUCAGAAACCACUGUUUCAAAGACAAUAGAUGAGCCAAGUGAAAGUAUCUUGGACAAUACUGACUGUAUGGAAACAGAUGACAUUAUUCCAAUUUUGGAAAAACUAGCCCCUGCUGAAGAUGACCUAAGCUGUUUUUCUAAAAGUUCUCUGCUUCCAGUGGAUGACACAGUCCCAGAUUUAGAAGAGAAAAUAGACAACUGUUUGGGUUCACCAUCCAAGCAGGAAAGCAAUGAAAGUCUGCCAAAAGAGGCAUUCUUAGUACUGUCUGAUGAAGAGGAUCCCUGUGAUGAGAAGGAGGAACGUGUUGAAGAGAUACUACCAAACAAGUCAAGUCUUCCAGAAGAGGGGGAAAGAACAAAGGAGUGUGAAGAUAAAGGAGAAGACGCCCACAAAGAAGAUAAACAAACAGAGAAAAGUGAAGCAUCAAAGAGAAAGCGUUCCAAAUCUGAGGACAUGGACAAUGUUCAUUCUAAACAUCGUCGGUACCUGGGAGGAGAUUAUGAAGCAGAGCUCCAAGUACAAAUUACAACCAGGAAGGAUGUUGACCUAAAAUUACAAAAGAUUAUCCAGAGACUGUUGGAAGAAAAACUUACUGCUUUGCAGUGUGCGAUAUUUGACAAGACUCUGGCAGACUUGAAAACCCGAAUGGAGAAAGUAGAAUGCAACAAAAGGCAUAAAACGGUGCUUACUGAAAUGCAGGCUAAAAUUGCAAGAUUGACAAAGAGGGUUGGAGCAGCCAAGGAGGACUUGAAGAAGAGACAGGAGAAUGUGGCAAAUGCACCUGUAUCUCCAGAGAAAGCAGCACCUGACACUGCAAAUGUAAACAAUGCCACUUACCGAAAUGCUGGCACAGUGAGGCAAAUGCUGGAGUCAAAGAGGAAUGUAGGAGAGAGCACACCAGCAACUUUUCAAGCCCCUGUGAAUCCAGUGUCUGCUUCCAGUCUUGCUGCUUCUCCAGCAGUUGUCAGUGGACAGCCUAAGCUUCAGACUCCAGUGUCCUCCACCAGCUCUUUGACAACAGCAGUGCUUCCCACAGCUAACACAGCUACAGUUGUAGGGACUAAUCAAGUGCCCACUGGCAACACUCAGUCAGUGUCUGUCUCAUUGCAGUCCUUGCCUGUAAUCCUGCAUGUACCUGUGGCAGUGUCAUCCCAGACUCAGCUUCUGCAAGGCCACCCAGGGACUUUGGUCUCUAACCAGCAGUCAGGCAGUGUUGAAUUUAUAUCUGUACAAAGCUCAUCUACAGUUGGUAGCCUUACCAAAACUUCAGUGUCUUUGGCAUCACCUAACACAACUAAACCAAAUAACAUCCCUCAUGUACCCAGUCCUGGUAUUCAGAGGAACUCUACAGCCAAUGCUGGGUCAAUAGGCACAACAUUGGCAGUACAGGCUGUUCCUACUCCGCAUCCUGUUCCUCAGACCACAAGGACUUCUUUGCCCACAGUGGGUACUCCAGGACUUUAUAAUGUGACCACCAGUCGAGCGCCCCUACAGAUGAAGAUUCCUCUUUCUGCAUUUAGUAGUACAGCUCCUACUGAACCACCCACCAUUGCAGCACCCAAGAUUGAAAACCAGGCAAGCAGGCCACCAACAGAUACUUCGGCAAACAAGCGACCUGCUGAGGGAACAACACAGAGCGGGAAAUUCACAGGAAGUGAAUCAGGAGGUGUCAUUGAUCUUACACUGGAUGAAGAGGAUGACAGCUGUUGUCAAGCAGAUGGCAAGAAGCAAAAGCAGAACCAGAGCCAGGCACCUGUAACAGGACUGAACAUACCCAACCAGCCCUUGACUCGACCCCUGCAGCCUUUGCCAGCUUUGCAGCCAAGCCCUGUGCAGCAGCCAGGUGUGCCAACAAGUGGCCCUUCCCAGACCACCAUCCAUGUAUUACCCACAGCUUCGCCAACAGUGAAUGUAACUCAUCGGCCCAUGGCUCCAGCUGUUCCCAAGCUUCCUAUCCCAAGAACACCUACUAACCAUCAGGUGGUCUAUACCACUAUUCCUGCACCACCAGCUCAGAAUCCUGGAAGAGGAGCUGUCAUGACCAGCCCAGGCUUAAGGCCAGUCACCCCACAGACUGGAGGUGUGACCAUGCGAAUGCCUCAGACGGCCUACGUGGUGAACAAUGGGCUGGCUCUGGGCUCUGGAGCUCCUCAGCUCACGGUGCACCAUCGACCACCACAAGCACAUACUGAGCCACCGCGCCCUGUACAUCCUGCCCCACUUCCAGAGGCACCACAGCCACCACGUCUGCCCCCCGAAGCUGCCAACACUUCUCCACCUCAAAAGCCACAGCUGAAGCUGGCCCGGGUACAGAGCCAGAAUGGGAUUGUGCUGUCAUGGAGCGUGAUGGAGGUGGACCGGAGCUGUGCCACUGUGGACAGUUACCACCUGUAUGCCUACCACGAGGACCCCAGUGCCACCAUGCCCUCGCAGUGGAAGAAGAUUGGGGAGGUGAAGGCGCUGCCAUUGCCCAUGGCAUGCACUCUGACACAGUUUGUGUCUGGCAGCAAGUACUACUUUGCAGUCCGAGCUAAGGAUAUCUAUGGACGCUUUGGACCCUUCUGUGACCCCCAGUCCACAGAUGUGAUCUCUUCCCAGAGCAGUUAAAUUAGAGAUCUUUGGACCCUUUGAACCUGUCCUACGAUCAAGAAUUAACCCAGUUUUGGGAGGAGUUGAUCCCGUGCAUGUAAUUCACCUUUAAAUCCACUCUGCAGGAUUAUUUUAGACAGUUGUGUGAUACACUACAUGCAUUCAGAACCAAAAGAAAAAUAAAGUCUGGCCUGCAGCAAGAGAGCCUGUUUUUUCUAAAUAGUUCAUGUCAUUGGCCAUUUGAAAAUUUUGUUUUUCCUUCCAUGCCAGUGUUCUACCUAGAUACCUACUAUCCUUUAUCCAAGAGCAUUGUGAAUGCCUGGGAUUCUGCUUCAGAGUGGAAAUAAAAUAGUAAAUUGCCGUUUGUCUGAAGUAAAACACACAUCUGUAAUGUCUGUUGAAACACCAACACAAGGGCAAGAACGAUCUGCCUCAUCCCCCCAGCGUUCUGUGAGCAUGCUGUCACAUGAAGGGUGAUUCAAAGUCUCACUUUUUGUACUGGAGGCUCGAGUGAUCUGGUCUUACUUACAGACUAAGCUCUCUGAGGGGAGGGAAGGGAACUUGAGUCUGGCCAGGAACCCAUGUAAAUUUGGAGGUGGUAGAAAAAAAAUAAUAAAUUAUCCCACAACCUCCUACCUCUUCUAAGUAAGAGUGCUCUUCUAUUUUCACCAUCCUCCCCUACUCACUCUGGGAGCAUUCCCAGAUCAGAUUUGAAACUGGAUUGUAAAGACUGCAUUCACACCUCUCUAGUUCAGACAAUUUCUCUGUCCUUCCCUUCAUACAUCCAGCCCUAUUUUUUAGAUUUCUUUUGUGCCUUAAAGAAUCAUUUCAGAAAUAAAAUGUAGCCAGAAUACCUUGUGGUGUUCUUUUAUUUGCUUGGAGUUAUUUUUCCCUUUACCCUAAUAAUCUUUCAUCAGUGCUUCUCAUUUUCCAAGGCCUGCAGUAAUUAGUAUUUGUGUAAAGACAAGAAAGUAACAUCUGCUGAUGGUGAAUUUGUUCUUAUCUGCAGUAUCACUCAACCCUUUCCCUACUGUAAUUCUUGAGUAGUUGUUUUUGUCCUAUCAAGAAUAUUGAGUAUACAGACAUGAUUUUCCAUCAGAGCCUUUCAUGGUUCUUUUGGAAAAGCUGUAUGCUGCAAUUCAGCCAAAGAAGAAACCCCUGUGGUGUGGUGCCAUGAAAGCUUCUACCUCCUUUGCACUCAUUUGGAUGUUCAGUGAGUACAAAAGGAGGAGCUGGCUUCCUAGGGUGCUUCUCUCUCCCAUCACCUGCCUGUCUCUGCAGAAAGCAAACACAGCCAAGGGAGUUAGAAACUUUUAGUCACUCGCCUAAACUUUGUGAGCAAUUGCAAAUGUUAGUAAGUGCUUUCACGAUGUUUCUGAGCUGAGAAAAGAAACUGGUGCAUCUCCCCCACUCCCCACAUGUUGAACUUGCUUUUUGCAGAACAAAAUUGUAAUGCACCUGGACAAGAAAGCAGAUGCAAGGUUUUAAUUUUCAGUUGCAUUCCUGCCCAAUAGAAUGAAACAGUGAGUUUAGAGGAGGAAGAGUUUCUUUAAUCCACCAUAUAGCGAAGCUGCAGAGUAUGACAUUUUUUCCAUCUCAAAGCUCUCAUUCUCAAAACUAACAUGUUGAAGUGUGAAGCAAUAAUGAAGAAGUGUCAGAGAAGUUAAAUCCCCAGACAGGGCUGAUGAAAUACGCUAAGUUAUGGGUUCUAUGUUGUUCCUUUUUUUAGAACCUUUACUCUGAAAGAAAUGGCAGUGUAGACCUCUGUCUAGUUUACUGCACUACUUCAUGUAGCUGGUAGUGUCACUUCUCUCAGGUGAGUAAUGGAUAUGCUCUGUAUGGAAACUUGCAUUUAAAAGUAGAGCAGUUCUGUUGAUUUGGGCAAGCAAAAAUUCUGGCUAAAUCAAAGUAUCCUCAGAGAAGGUUAACGCUGUGUAUGAACAAUGGGUAGCCUUUCCUUUGAACUGCAGUUGUCCCUGUACUUCUGGUGCCAAUUAUCAAAAAUGCCUUGAGUUUUUCUGUUUUUAAGUAAAUGUUUUGUUUGCUUAUUUCAAGGAAUAACUACUUGAUAAUGCAUUUAGUCUAUUUAUGGAAAUAGACUAAAUUUGGGUUCUUAUAAAGAGUUCUGUAAUAGAGAUUAGAACAGUUUUUUCCAGUUGAUGGCUGUCGUCCUUGGGCAAUUUUUAAUGUAUCUGUGAGGUGGUACCAAAGAGCUAUUUGCCAUAUCAGUACUAUGAAAUUUUAUGGUUUGAAAGUUAAAAUAAACAUGAGGAUACAACCUAGAACUUACGUCAUUUAUUUAGUUGUGAUUCCAGCCCAAACUAAACAUGAGCUUUGUUACAGCUUGAGCUUUCAUUUAGAUAUCCCUUGUUCUUAGUUUUAUCUGCUUUGGGAUAGGCAGAGGGUGAAAUUAGAGUAUUAGAGUAUUUUCUGCAUUAGAGUAUUUUCUUUGCUCCAGUGGAGGUAUUAAUAGGGAUGGUCUGUCCAUUCCAUUUGGAGGUUUUGUGGGCUGUAUCAUUAGAGAAAGAAGACUCAUUUUAUUUACUAAAGAUUUAGUUCUUCACUGAACUGACUGUAAAAACUGGCUUCUGUCUUAACAGAUCAAUUUCUGGUCUGUGUGGCAGCAGUUCUGGGGUUUUGGCAGGAUUUUGUGAGACACCCUUGUUGACCAAAGACAUCGCAGCUCUGGGGUGAAAGAUCAUUUCCCUGUUGUUUCGUCCCAGCAGGGCAGUUACAGGUCUGAUUUCAGUAUCUUGAGCAAGUAUUAGUGGAGAAGUAUGUAAUAAAGCAUGGCUUGACUUUGAGGAGCCUCGUUUGGCGUGGAGACCUCCAAGGGAGCUGGUCCCUAAAUCACUGAUGCCCAAAGAGAGAACUAAUCCAGUUUUGUGCAGUCACUGUCACUGUGGAGCAGAUCUAUGCAGUGAGUUUGCUCACAAACAUGAGUAGUACUUAAUUCCUUACCUCAUAGUUUUUCCCAUGUAGUUGAGUGGCUGAUGGUUUUCUUAUCUUUUACCUCCCAGAAAGAUUAAUACUUUUGAGAAACUUUCUGCUAGCAACAAUCAAUCAGAAACAAUUUGUUUCAUUGACAGACUUUAUUUGAAAGAAAGUAUUACCAAAAUAUUUGGCAACAUUCAGUACAGGUGUGUUAAUACUGUGCUUCUAGACUGAUCUCUUCACUAAUGAAAAGAGUCAAUUGCUGAAGCCUUCCAAUAAUCUGCUUUUAAAUACACUAAAGAUUUUUAUAUGGCUUUUAAAAGGAAGUGUUUGGUUUGGUUUCUUCUCUGCACUUUAUGCAAGUUUUUCCAUCUUUCAAUAGCUUGGUAUAAAGUUGUUCCUGACUCUUGAGUGUGAAUUCUGUGAUUCUGUGCUUUGCUGCUGCCUUUCAGUACAUGACAUUUCAGCAGUACUGCCUUGGACUGAGUUGCCUGUGCUUUAGCAAACAGCAUUAAAUACAGCGGUGUUUUCCAUCCUCAUUUACUUUCUGGUGUGUUUUAGGUUUGAGUUAUUUUCUCUGUGUGAUACAAGGGCAUCUGGAUGUCUAGGCUGAAAUUUAUUUGAGUUAGUUCAUCUACUUGGAGAGGAGCCCUGCUGUGGAGUGCUGAUAGCAAAAUGGUGUUCUGCAUUUCUCCUAGUUACAGCUUCACUGACCUCUUCUAUAUUGCAGUAUGGCUAAAAAACUUCAUUGGAUACAAAAACAUAAAUGCUAGGAGGGGGCAAACUGCAGGUAUAGCGUCUGUACUGUCUCCAGUGGCAGCUUCAGAAAACACAAGGAUGCAGAUUUCUCAGCUUGUAAUUAUUUCCAUGCCCUGAGCAGCUUCCCUAUGUGUUGGUCUGACGUCGCUCCUUGGAAUUGUUUGUGCUGCCCUUGGCCAUGUUAAAUCAUUGAGCACAAGCACUGACACACGCAUUCCCAAGGUUUUUAGCACAAGGCUGGAAACACUCAUGGCGUUCUCCCUGUAAAAUUAAGGGGUCUUACCCUGCUUCCUUUGAAAAUAAAGGCAAAACCCCUCAGUUUUCACUGGGACCAUGACUCAGCUCAGUAAUAAGAUCUGAACAUCAUUUGGUACUGUAACAUAAAUAGCCACUUCAGCCCUUCCUUGAUGCUGUUUGUCUUAAAUGUACAGUAAAUAAAGAAUAUGUAGGGAUGGGUCAUGUCUGUUCUUGAGGCAGCCAUUUCCCAGGAUGAGUAUUGCAUACACUGUACAAAAUCAAGCUGUGAUUCUGCCUUCUUAUACACUCUUUGAAUAUUCUCUUUUUGUCAAAAAUAUCUAUGCAGAUAUUUUAAAUAGAAGCUUGAUAUAUUAAAUAUAUAUUUUUUAAAUUUGUUGAUUUGGGUAGGGGUGGGCAUUGUAUGAAAACACUGGAGGGAGAAGAGAUCAAAUGACACUAAGCCAGCCCUGCCAUGCAAAUCUGUUUCCUUCCAAACAACCUUCUGAGAGGAGAAGGAAAAAAUUAAGGCUAGCUAGGAGAAAGCAAAUCAGUAAAUUUUCCUUUUUCAUUCCCUUUUAAGUUAAAAAAGGCAUUUUUCUCAUUGUCAUUAGGCAGGCUGAGCAUUCUUUUCUUCUCUAUUAUAUACAUACGCCUAUAUAUAUGUAUAGAUGUGUGUGUUUACACACACAUACAUAUACAUACACAUAUAUAUAUUUGUACUGCUGUCUUAAGUUAAUUGGGUGUAGCUGUAAAUAAGAUAGCUGUAGUUGUUCAGGGAUUCCUGUUCAGCUUUAGUAAUUUAUUGGCUAUCAAAAUCCUUUGUUGGAAAACUCCAAAUCUCAUUUCUUGUUUUGUUUUGCAGCUGGACUUGUAAAUACAAAAGAAAAAAUGUAGGACUGAUUUAACGUCCAACUUAAACUGGGUAGUUGCCAGCUUUCCCCAUUUUUGUAUGUACUGUAGAUUAGUGUGUGUCUGUGUUAACUGUAGUGGGGUUUUGUCUGACAAGCUUGGAAUUUAUACUUUGAAAUAAAACUACUGGAUUUUUAACA